AAAUUUUCCAGAGAUCCAUGUCGAAUGUGGAGAAGUCAAAUGUUACUGGUUUAUUUGAUGCCAUUAAUUCCAACAGCGAACAUUUGGACAAAUCCUUUAUUAAAGGCAUGAGCAACGAUCUGACUAUCGGAGGAACAGUGACAACAUCAACACAAAUAAAAUCGAUGAUUGCAUUAAUAGUAGAUUAUCCGAAAGUGCAACAGAAUUUGCAAGGCGAAAUAGAAACAGUGUUAGGACAAAGAUUGCCAAGGUAUGAGGAUCGACACUCAAUGCCUUACAUGGAGGCGUUCAUAUUGGAGUCACUUCGUUAUAUGUCGGAGGUCGCACUUGCUGUACCGCACGAAACGCUGAAGGACGUAACAUUGAGGGGGUACUUCAUACCUAAAGGCACCCAAAUUUGGCCAAACCUGUAUGGACUUCAUCACGAUGAGCGAUUCUUUCAAGAUCCCUACACGUUUAAACCCGAGAGAUUCCUUGACUCAAAAGGCGACUUGAUACCAGCCGACGAGAUGAAAUAUUUGAUGCCAUUUGGAGCUGGUAAAAGAGUAUGUAUUGGAUUACAGCUGGCAAAGAUCCGAAUGUUUCUUUUCAUGACUACCCUGCUUCAGCGUUAUACACUUUGCCCCGAGCGAGAAGGAUGCCCCCCAAAUUACGACUCGCGCAAGCCAGUACUUGGGGUGGUUAUGCAGAUGCAU